AUGGACAAGAAAAUCAUCCCAACCGAAGGGAGUGUCCACUCUGUCGACUCGCUUAGCUAUGAGAAGGGUCGAGAGGAGAUUCGCAUCGCCAAUCCUCAGGGUAUCACGUCGGCAGAGACGAGCGUCAAUGUCGAAAGGGCCGAGCAAGACUUUUCCGACUUAAACAGAGAGUUCUCCCACAUCUCUCACCAAGCCCGUUAUCUCUCAAAGCAAGAGUCAAAGCCCACGGUUACUCUUCAAGAUCUUGAAAAAGCGAGAACUUCACACGACUCCGAUGAUACAUGGGACCUAGAAACCACGCUUCGUGGCAACCGGGCCGCAGAAGAAGAGGCUGGUAUCAAAGACAAACAUAUAGGUGUGAUCUGGGAUAAUCUCUCCGUGCGAGGAAUCGGCGGCGUGAAGACGUUCAUCAAGACAUUCCCGGACGCAAUUGUUGACUUUUUCAAUGUCCCGCAGACAAUCAUGGAUAUCUUUGGGUGGGGAAAGGGAGGCAAAGAAUAUAAUAUUCUGGAAGGAUUCCGUGGUUUGACUCGACCUGGAGAAAUGGUUCUCGUUCUAGGACGACCUGGCUCAGGAUGUACAUCCUUUCUCAAGGUUAUUUCUAACCAGCGUGCUGGCUAUACCGGCAUCGAUGGCGAAGUCCUGUAUGGACCGUUUCAAUCUGAAGAGUUUGCCAAACGAUUCCGUGGCGAGGCCGUUUACAACCAGGAAGAUGAUGUCCACCACCCAACACUGACCGUCGCCCAGACUUUGGGAUUUGCCUUGGACACCAAAACUCCAGGCAAACGUCCGUUUGGGGUGGGGAAAGCAGAAUUUAAGGAAAAAGUUACCAAAAUGCUCCUUAAAAUGUUUAAUAUUGAACACACAGCCAAUACAGUGAUUGGAAAUCAGUUCAUUCGUGGAGUCAGCGGUGGUGAACGUAGGCGAGUGAGUAUCGCGGAGAUGAUGAUCACAAGUGCUACUGUCUUAGCUUGGGAUAAUAGUACCCGUGGUCUUGAUGCUUCGACUGCUUUGGACUUUGCCAAGUCACUCCGGAUUUUGACCAACAUCUACAAGGCAACCACCUUCGUAUCUCUUUACCAAGCUUCCGAAUCGAUUUACAGCCAAUUUGACAAAGUUCUCGUCAUUGACAGUGGACGCUCCGUGUUCUUCGGUCCAGCCAACGAAGCCCGGGCUUAUUUCGAGGAUCUUGGCUUCCGAUCAAAGCCUCGUCAGACUACCCCCGACUACUUAACUGGAUGUACCGAUCCUUUUGAGAGAGAAUUCCAAGAUGGAAGAAGUGCCGACGAUGUCCCAUCCACACCCGAAAAUCUCGCGAACGCAUUCAACAACUCCAUCUAUAGCCAGCAACUUGACCAAGAAAUGGAAGCAUAUCGUGCACAAGUUCAACAUCAGAAGGAAGUUUUUGAUGACUUCGAACUGGCCAACCAAGAGGCGAAACGAAAGCUUACCCCCAAGACAUCCGUUUACUCGAUCCCUCUACACCUCCAAAUCUGGGCUUUGAUUCAACGGCAAUUCUUGAUCAAAUGGCAGGAUAAAUUCGCUCUAACAGUCUCAUGGGUUACUUCGACUGGAAUUGCAAUUAUUCUUGGUACAGUAUGGCUGAACCAACCAGACACCAGCGCUGGAGCAUUCACUAGGGGUGGUCUUCUCUUUAUUAGUAUGCUGUUCAACGGAUUCCAAGCAUUUGCGGAACUCGCAUCUACCAUGAUGGGACGUGCGAUUGUCAAUAAACAUCGCUCCUUCACAUUUUACCGACCGAGUGCUCUAUUCCUGGCGCAAAUUUUCGUCGAUACAACAUUCGCAAUUUUCCGAAUUCUGAUCUUCAGCAUUAUCGUCUACUUCAUGUGUGGACUAGCUCUCGAUGCUGGUGCAUUCUUCAUCUUCGUCCUUUUCGUUCUCACAGGUUAUAUUUGCAUGACCGUUUUCUUCAGAACUAUUGGAUGUGUUAGCCCGGAUUUCGACUAUGCGAUGAAGUUUGCUGCUGUUUUGAUCACUCUUUUCGUGUUGACGUCGGGCUACCUUAUACAAUGGGCCAACAAUCAGGUCUGGCUGAGAUGGAUCUUCUAUAUCAACCCGUUUGGGCUUGGAUUUUCUUCUUUAAUGAUUAAUGAGUUUAGUCGAUUGACGAUGACCUGUACUUCAGACUCGCUUGUACCAAAUGGUCUCGGCUAUGACGAUAUUGCCCAUCAGGCAUGUACUCUUGCCGGUGGAGAGCCUGGAUCUGCCAUCAUUCCUGGGUCAAGCUACCUUUCCACAACUUUCUCGUACUACAAGUCCGAUAUGUGGAGAAACUUCGGAAUCAUGUUAGCCCUAAUUGUCGGUUUCCUUGCUAGCAACUUGUACUUCGGAGAAACAAUGCAAUUUGAUGCCGGCGGCAAGACAGUGACUUUCUUCCAGAAGGAAAACAAAGAAAGGAAGGAACUGAAUGAGGCAUUAGCCAAGAAAAAGGCCAAUCGCCAAACCAAGACAGCUGAUGCUGGCUCAACCCUCGAAAUCAGCUCGAAGUCCAUUUUCACUUGGGAGGAUGUUUCAUACGAAGUACCAGUGGCAGGUGGAACCCGACAACUUUUGAACUCUAUCUACGGAUACGUCCAGCCAGGAAAAUUGACAGCUCUCAUGGGUGCAUCAGGAGCCGGAAAGACAACACUCCUGGAUGUCUUAGCAUCAAGAAAGAACAUCGGUGUGGUUAGAGGCGAUAUCCUUGUUGACGGGCAUAUCCCCGGUACAGGCUUCCAACGAGGUACAUCCUAUGCCGAGCAACAGGAUACACACGAAGCAAUGCAGACCGUGCGCGAGGCUCUCCGCUUCUCUGCCGAUCUUCGCCAGCCAUUUGAAACGCCACGAUCCGAAAAGUACGCCUACGUCGAGGAAAUCAUAAGUCUGCUUGAACUAGAAAACCUCGCCGAUGCAAUUAUUGGAACACCAGAAACCGGUCUCUCAGUGGAGGAGAGAAAACGAGUUACAAUCGGAGUUGAGCUGGCCGCCAAGCCUGAACUUCUUCUCUUCUUGGAUGAACCCACUUCUGGGCUGGACGGCCAAUCGGCGUUCAAUAUUGUUCGAUUCCUGAAGAAGCUGGCACUCGCUGGCCAGGCUAUUCUCUGCACGAUCCAUCAACCCAACUCGGCUUUGUUCGAACACUUUGAUCGACUUUUGCUUCUCCAGAGGGGUGGUCAAUGCGUUUACUUUGGUGAAAUUGGCUCUGAUGCAAAGACCCUUCGAGACUAUUUCUAUAGAAAUGGAGCGUAUUGCCCAGAGGACGCAAACCCAGCAGAAUGGAUGCUUGACGCCAUUGGUGCUGGCCAAACGCGACGAAUUGGCGAUCGGGAUUGGGGCGAUAUCUGGCUCACUUCUCCCGAGUUAGUUCAAGUGAAGAAGGACAUCAUCCAAAUAAAGGCUGAACGUGAGCAAGCAAAUCAUGAAACUCUCGCGCGGAUUGGCGGCACUGGGAUUGAAAAGGAGUAUGCAUCACCUAUCUGGCACCAAGCCCAAGUCGUCACUCGCCGCGCCUAUUUGUCUUUCUGGCGAUCCAGAAAUUAUGGAUUCACGCGUCUUUUCACUCAUGUCACUCUAGGUCUACUAUGUGGACUUUGCUUCAUGAAUUUGGACGACUCCCGCGCUUCACUCCAGUAUCGAGUCUUCGUUAUUUUCAACGUGACCGUGCUUCCAGCGCUGAUUCUCCAGCAAGUAGAGCCACGUUACGAUUUCUCACGACUCAUUUUUUAUCGAGAGUCCGCAUCCAAAACCUACAGCCAAUUCGUCUUCACUCUCUCAAUGGUUCUUGCUGAGGUACCAUACAGUGUGCUAUGUGCUGUGUGUUUCUAUCUGCCUAUCUACUACAUUCCAGGCUUUCAAACUGCCGCCGAUCGAGCAGGAUAUCAGUUCUUCAUGAUUUUAAUCACUGAAUUCUUCGCCGUGGGACUAGGACAAGGAAUCUCAGCCUUAACACCAAACAGCUUUAUUGCCUCCCAGCUCAAUCCACCUAUCAGCAUUCUCUUUUCUCUAUUCUGUGGCGUGACUAUCCCGAAGCCAAGUAUGCCGAAGUUCUGGCGUUCCUGGCUCUACGAGCUCGAUCCUUUCACGCGUCUCAUUAGCGGUAUGACUGUGACAGCGCUUCAUGACCAGAGUGUGCAAUGCACAAGUGCGGAAUACAACUCAUUUACGGCCCCAGGCAAUCAGACCUGCGGCGAGUAUAUGUCCGCUUUCUUUGAGCGCGGCGGUGCUGGAUACCUGUUGAAUAAUGCGACUCAGAACUGUGAUUACUGUGCAUAUAGUGUCGGUGAUCAGUUCUAUGAGGCUUAUGGCAUGAACUUCGAUAACAGAUGGCGUGAUCUAGGAAUCUUCAUUGCGUUUGUUGGUUCGAACAUGAUCAUUCUAUUUGCAGCGUCUCGAUUCCUCAACUACAAUCGGAGAUAG